CAAAGUUGUUACUUUUUAAAUAACUUUAUUUAUUUUGUUACCUUCCUGACUUUUGACCUCAGUCACCUGAAGAACACCUGAAGUAUCCUCGUGUUUUAGAUGCCUCUUAACGUGGACACACAUGGAUGUCUGGAGGAGGAGGCCCAGUGAUGCUGCCCGCUUCCAUCCACUCGGCUUCAGCAUCCAAUAGUCACGUCAGCCAGCUGAGCAGAUACUUCAGCAGAUACCACAACACGCCGGAGGAGGACGAUGAGACCAUGAGCACCGAGCAGCGAGAAGCCAGCGGGGUCACCGAUCCCAAGCCCCGCCCCUCACCCCGCCUUCACCCAUGACUCCUCCCCGUUCUGCAGUCAGAGGCCGGACAGAGAGCCGGAGCGCCGCCUCCCUCCGCCGGGCUCCAGCUUCUGCUACCAGCCUCCCUGCUGCCUCCCCGCCGGGUACAGCCAGCCCACGCCGUUCCCCAGCCAGGCCGACGGCGCCUGGCUCCACCCGAGCUUCGCCAGCUCCUGGUCGGGUUACCCCAACAGCCUGCCGUCGUCUCUGUACCAGAAGGACCCGUCGCUCCGCUCUGACAGCAGCCUCUCGGGGUACAAGUUCGUGUCCCUCCCCGGCCAGCACAGCACCAGCAUGAGCAGCAUGAGCAGCCUGGAGCAGCCGCUGUCUCUGUGCUCCAACCCGCCGUCGGGCAACUUGUGCCACCACACGUUGUCUCCGUACACGUGCUCGCCACAGGGAGCGCCCUGCUGUGCACAGCAACCCGAAGACGGCUUCAACGGCAGGCCUUUGGCCAACAAACACCCCUGGCCUCAGUACCACCCGGCUUACGGACCGUACUAUCCAGGCGCCUGCAGACGUCCUGGAGCUGAAUACUCACAUAUCGGCCACAACGUUCCAGCUAAAGAGAAGCAGCUUCCUCACAGCAUGCCGCUAUCUCUGGAGCAGAGGAGGGUUUUUGUCACCUACGAAGCGGACAACGACAAGCACGUGAACGAGAUCAUCAACUUCGUGGCUCUGCUGCGUCACAACGGCUUCGACACGCGCAUCGAUAUCUUUGAGCAGCAGUUCAGGAGUAUCAGCAAGAUCGACUUCAUGGAGCGCUACCUCAGCGAGAAAGAGUACCUGAUCAUCAUCAUCAUCAGUCCAAAGUACUACGACACGGUGACGGCCUCCCCCGUCGGUCUGGAGAACGACGAGCGGACCUUCAACACCGUCUACAUUCAUAAACAGCUCCAGAAUGAGUUCAUCCAGAACGGGAGCAAGAACUUCAGGUUUAUUCCCAUCGUGUUCCCCGGGGCCAAGAAGUGUCACGUCCCAAACUGGCUGCAAAACACGCACGUCUACGAAUGGCCGCUCCACCGGGACGACAUCCUGCGGCGGCUGAUGAGGGUGGAGAAGUACAAUCCUCCUCCGAUCGGGGAGCUGCCGACCAUCGUCUCCAUCCCCAUCUAGACACCGUCGACCCGAAGACAAAGGCCGGACUCACAAAACAAACGCACCUUUCUUUUCUGGAUUACUGCCGGCCGUUGUUGAGGUGAACGGGGAUUAUGUGUGCAGGAGGUUUUAUUGUUUAUCUGAGUGUGAAUGUGAUGUAGGAAGUUCACCCCAUAAAUCAAAAAUACACAUUUUGCCUUUUAAUUCUAGUGCUUUUUAUCAAGUAAGGCUUCAUGCACCAUGAGGUGUCCGUUAUCAGGGUUUAGAGGAGGCCACUUGGAUUAUUAAUUCCUGAUAAUAGACACCUCUGAUUAUAACAUGGUCACUUGCCAAAGAAGAUAUAUUAAGACCAUCCAUUAAUAUUAUCAUGCGUUUUGCAACCAAAAUCUAAAGUUUUCUCCACAAUCCCUGGUAACCCUGAGGGUCUGCUGAAAGCUUUAACAAUCAUAAACAUCCUCUGAGGUUCUUAUGCGAUGAAAAAAGCUGCUCACUGCUCCAGUAAAUAGGACGAGCCUUAAAUAUAUAUGACUUGGCAACAGGAGAUAUUUAUUUUCCGCUCUAUUUAUCUAGAGAUAACGUUAUGCUGGCAUGAUUCAGAGUCAGUAACAUAAUGUACGCUUCACAAACGGUAGUUUACAGUCUGUGGAACAACGAGCGGCCAUGUCAUUUCCCCAAAUCGUUACCAAUAUUUUCACAUAAUCUUGAUUAGCAUUAAACAAACAUUAUGCUAUGAUUCAAAGUCAACAACACAAGAAUCUAGACCUAUAAACAGCACUACAGGUAAGAGGACGUAAGUAUGUGUUAUUGAUUUUUGGGUGAACUGUCUCUUUAAGGGUGCUGUGUGAACUUUUCCCCUGAAAUAUAAGUUUCAUAAGUUUAAUUAAAGUGCCUUUAAAUGUAAACAGAAAAGUGCCGUGUUGAUGUGACAUGAAGCUACAGAUGAGCUGCAUGUUUCCAUCUUUACGUUUACGGGUGCUCCAACAGGCCGACAAGUUUAAUGUUUACUUCUUUUUAAAGCAUCAUUUAAAACUCAGUUCUUUUUUCAUGUUUUAUGGGACUCCCAUGUACAUGUGUUGUGUGAUUUAAUAGAUGACCGAUGUGAUAAAUAGUCUGAUGACUGUAUAUUUGCAGAAUGGACCAGUAGAGCUUUAAUUUAACAAAGUAAACAGACGGAUAUUUCUCCGCCAUGUUAUCUUUCUUAUUAAAGUGUCUAUCUAACGCAAACAGCGGCCCGACUGGAUGGUUAUUGUAUUUUGAAGAGUAAAAAAUAACAGACGAUGGUUAAAAGGUCAUUCACUUUAAUGUUUUUUAUGGCAGAUAUUGUUCAAAGUGUUUGAAUCAAAAUAUAUUUUUUGGUCUUGUACAACAGCAGCAUCAGAUUUAUACAUUAAAUUAUAUACAAAAUGAAUAAAA